AUGGGAACUUAUAGAAGGUCGAUGGCCAUUUGGCUGUCGCUAUUUCUUUAUCUGCUGGGGCAAUCAAGGACAUCAAAUGCAGGAGUGCAGAGAAAUUCAAAAAACGGAGUAGAAAAUAUCUUACUGGAAGAGAUUGUUCUUGCAAGGAGAAACAACACGACGAAACUUCUCGGUGCAGCUGCUAUCGAAAACCCUAUUAAAGCAAAUGAACGAAUCCUCUCUUUGAUCAAUGGUAAAAGCGACCUUGUUUUCCCGAAUUAUAAUCCGGUUCAAGAUCAAAGUAUAGCACAAUCUCAAGCCGUGAUCGUUAGCUUGAAUGAUACAAAGGAUUUGGAAAAUCUCGAUCAUGUUUUGGCUUUCUCUGGAUACGAGUCUCAAAAAGUAAAUCUUAAAAAGGACAAACGUAAAGUUUUGGACAACUUCAAUAAUGAUCAAGCCACAUCAAGUAGACAAAUUAAAACUACGGACUCAACUACGGUCUUACCUUACGUGAAAACGCACUACGAUGUUCCUCGAAGGUUUCAAUUGAAUAGGAGAAAUUCUAACGAAGGACAUCCUCCUGCAACGGUUUCCUACCAGAAAGUAUCACAACCUAUCACCCAAAUAGAUCCUAAUAUUAUUGUUGUUAAUAUGGAAAGAUCGACCAAAAAGUUCGCUAUUAAGAAUCGCGCGUUACCUAGAGUGUACAAACCUGAAGAAGAAUUGACCUUGAGUAAUAUCGAAGUAACAAAACCGACGUACCGUGUCCCAAUGCGUAAAAUAAAGAACGAUGAAACGAAGAUUAAAAAAAGUAUCGAAGAAAACGUGAGUGACCGUCCGAAAUUACAAAAGAUCAAAAAGAAAGUGAAAAUGUUAAACGUAGCAACGUUACCGCUGGUCACAACGCCUUUGAGUGUUUAUAAUUAUACAGUAUUAAACAAAAUGAUCAACAAUCAUAAAUCAUUGUCAGAAAGUCCAAUAGUGCAACCUGUUGCUUUUCGAAAAAGUAAUAACAUUGUUUAUCAAAACGAUUCAUUUGUGACCGAUAAUCAACCUGAUUUAAAACGACAAGAAUCAGCCUCAAAGUCGGAUAGUGAGUUCGGCUUAUCGAAAAAGUAUAAAGUUAUACCAGAGGCUUUUUCCUAUUCGACAAAACAUUCUGGAAAUGCUAAGAAAGUUCAAACCGCGACAAUCAAUUCUGUAACUCCGAAAAACAUCAUUGGAACGAAAGAAAGUCUCAUAGUAACUGAUUCGAAAGUAAAUCCUAUAUCGAAUUACGAAGAUAAAAUAAAUCUUCUCGAUACUAACCAGGAAACUGGAUAUAAAUACAGGAAGGAAAGUCCAACUGAGAAACAAAGAGAAAAUCAUGAGAAAUUUGAAUCAAAUAUCGAUGACACGUCAUCUUCGAGAUCUAACUUAAUGAGCGAGGAAUCAAUUGACGGUGAUAAAAAUAUCGAAAAAUCUAACGAACGUCCUCAACGUAGAAAUGAUUCGUACGAAGUAUCAGAAUUGGCAUCGUUUGAAGAUGACUAUGACUCUGACAAUACAGAUUCUGAUCAUCCUCAAUCGUACAAAUUUCCUAAAACUUCCAUAGAGGAUGAUGAUUACUACAAUGACUACAACAAAAAAGAUGUACGUCAUUCACAAGAUUUAGAAUAUUAUAAAGAUGAUCAAGAUUAUGAAACGAGUAAUUUAAAAAAAGUUGAUCGUGAUAGUAAUAAUCAAGAAACUGAGCAUAAAGAAGAUCAGGAUCAUGUUAGUGAGAAAUACCAAGUGAAAAAUAAUGAUCAAGAUGAUAAUCAAGAUGAAGGCGGUGCUCAUAAUUAUAAAUAUAUGGAAAAAAGUGAAAGUGGUGGCAGUGGUAAUGGUGGUGGAAGUGAUAGUGGUGGAGGUGGUAAAGGUGGUGGUGGUGGAGGUGAUGGUGGAGGAAAAAAAGAAUUUACAAAAGGUGGUGAAGUUGAACAAAAGGAAGAUUAUUAUAAGAAGCAAGGAAAUAAGGAAGAAAAGGCCUACAAGAUUUGGCACGAACAUGACAAAGCCAAGAAAGGUCAUCACGACAAGGAACAGCAUAAUAAAGAGUACGAAGAGAAGGAUGUAGAAAAAAAAGAACACGGAGAAGAUGCAGGAUACUAUCAAGAUCAUUAUCAAGACGAGCAGGGUAAAAAGGAAUCAGAAUUUAAUGAAAAAGGUGAACACAAGAAGGGUCACAAUACCAAAGGUGAACAUUCGGUACAUAAAAAGGACGAGUACGAAAAGAAAACCGAAUUCUUUGACGAGUUUCACGAAGAUGGCGACAGUGAGAAAGAUGGAGGAUAUUAUAGCAAGCAUGAAGCUGAAAAAGGUGGUAAAAAGAAAUCCGGCCAUUACGACGGAGCUUUCAAGGAAGAUAAGUAUGGAAACUCCAAAAAAUACGAAAAGAGUGAACAUCAUGAUGAAGAGAAGGACAAGGGCAGUAAGGAAGGCCAGGAAAAUCACUAUGAUCACGAAAAGAAGUAUAAGAAAAAAGAUGCUCAUGAAAGUGGAAAAAAGUGGAUGAUGGACAGUGGCAAUGGUGGUGAUGGAAAAGAUGGAGGCGGCGGUGGCGACGGCGGCAGUGGCAGUGGUAAUAAAAAAGGUGGCGGUGAUGAUAAACAUGGCCUCUAA